AUGCCACUGUUAUUGACUGAGUUGCCAGCAGAGAUUCUUUGCUAUAUUUUGAAUCUUACGAAGAGAGAUCUCUGUGGCGUUUGUAAGUUAUUUAUGAGUCUGUACAAUGAUACAUAUAUGCACAAAUGUUUGAAGAUAUUCCCUCUUGGUAAUCAAGCUUGGAGUGUCUUGCAACAACCUUUGAAGGAAGAGAUUAUGACAUUGGAUGUUCAUAGACGACAUAUACGGCGGUCUCUAUAUAUGAAUUUACUCGAGAACCCUAAGAAUGAUUUUGGUCAGAAUUCGUCAGAUAAUGUUCCAUUUGGAGAAUAUAUUGUAGAUUCAUGGUAUUUGAUUCAUAGUCUUCUAUUUACUUGUCCGUUCGUUUCAAAUAUUAAUUUAUAUGAUAACAUUCAGGAGGAUGAACCAAUUAUGCAUAGUACACUUUUUUGUUUACCGAGACAGUAUUUAAUAAAGUCUCCCAGAGUUCCACUUAAUAUGUGGCUAUCAAUCAAAGAUGUAUCUUACCUAUACCCAAUCCGUAAUAUUAUUACAAAUGUAAUGGCUACUACUGAUAUACGACGCAAUGAAGAGUUCUCUCCAUUAGGUCAACUUUGUGAUUGGAUAAAAGAACCGGGAGUAUAUUGUAUUAGACUUGGAACAAUAUCAGUAUCAUAUAUGGAUUACCAGAAGGAUAACUUAAGUCAUUUCCUGUCCAUGAAAAUUGUAGCGUCAUUAACAGGUGGUUAUGAUUGGAACAAUUUGUCAUCGAUAAAUCUUUUGGGUUAUAAUUUUGAUUCCUAUGCUACCCACUUGAAAAGACCUUGGAUUUUAUUUAAAUUAGACUUAAUGUACGAAUCAUUGUUUUAUCCAGCACAAAUACCUAAGAUGAACUCCAUAUUAAGUAGUCUGGAAGAUGAAAUUCAGAAUGAUCCAAUGACCAUCACAACAACAAUUGACAAAACCAUCACUCACAACAACUCUGUAUCCGAAAUUCCCCCACUAAUAAGACAAGAUUUUAAGAUACCUUUAGAGAUAUUAUCGACAUAUAGAGAUGACCAGAUGGAUCCCCCAAUUAUUCCAUCCAUACCUGAUCCAAGAGUACCAUCAAUAAUAAUAUAG